AAAUACAAAAGCAGCUGGGAAGCGGCGGCCGGGCGAGUUCCCAGCGGCGGACAGAGCCCCGCAGCGCCCGGCGGCCGCCAUGGGGCCGAGACGCCCGAAGCCCCGGAGCCAAGCAGCGGCGGCUGCCCGGCCCACCUCGCCGCCGGGACCCGGGCGCCCGUGCUUGGCUUGAAGCGGCGGCACCGGCACGGCCGCAGGAGCAUGGGCAGGAGGAUGCGGGGCGCCGCCGCCACCGCGGGGCUCUGGCUGCUGGCGCUGGGCUCGCUGCUGGCGCUGUGGGGCGGGCUCCUGCCGCCGCGGACCGAACCGCCGGCCUCCCGACCCCCGGAGGACCGAGUCCCGCGGCUCCCAGGCGGGAGCGGAGCCCGGGCACCGGCGCCGCGCUUUCCUCUGCCCCCGCCCCUGGCGUGGGACGCCCGCAGCGGCUCCCUGAAAACUUUCCGGGCGCUGCUCACCUUGGCUGCCGGCGCUGACGCCCCGCCCCGGGGGCCCGCGGGCGAGCGCUGGCGGCACGUGCCAGCCGGAUGGUCCGGACCGGAGGAGAGGGCUGCGGUGCACGGGGGCGUCUUCUGGAGCCGGGGACUGGAAGAGCAGGUGCCCCGAGGGUUUUCCGAGGCCCAGGCGGCGGCGUGGCUGGAGGUAGCUCGCGGUGCCCGGGUGGUGGCCCUGGAGCGCGGGGGUUGUGGGCGCAGCUCCAACCGACUGGCACGCUUUGCCGACGGCACCCGCGCCUGCGUGCGCUACGGCAUCAACCCCGAGCAGAUCCAGGGCGAGGCCCUGUCCUACUACCUGGCGCGCCUGCUGGGCCUCCAGCGCCACGUGCCGCCGCUGGCGCUAGCCCGGGUGGAGGCGCGGGGCGCGCAAUGGGCGCAGGUGCAAGAGGAGCUGCGCGCCGCUCACUGGACUGAGGGCAGCGUAGUGAGCCUGACGCGCUGGCUGCCCAACCUCACGGACGUGGUGGUGCCCGCGCCCUGGCGCUCUCAGGACGGCCGUCUGCGACCCCUGCGCGGCGCUGGGGGCGAGCUGGCCAACCUCAGCCAGGCGGAGCUGGUGGACCUGGUGCAGUGGACCGACUUGAUCCUCUUCGACUACCUGACGGCCAACUUCGACAGGCUCGUAAGCAACCUCUUCAGCCUGCAGUGGGACCCACGCGUCAUGCAGCGCGCUACGAGCAACCUGCACCGCGGCCCCGGUGGGGCGCUGGUCUUUCUGGACAACGAGGCGGGCUUGGUGCACGGCUACCGGGUGGCAGGCAUGUGGGACAAGUAUAACGAGCCGCUGUUACAGUCGGUGUGCGUGUUCCGCGAGCGGACCGCUCGGCGAGUGCUGGAGCUGCACCGCGGGCAGGACGCAGCGGCCCGGCUGCUGCGCCUCUACCGGCACCACGAGCCUCGCUUCCCUGAGCUGGCUGCACUCGCCGAUCCCCACGCUCAGCUGCUGCAGCGCCGCCUCGACUUCCUCGCUAAGCAUAUUUUGCACUGUAAGGCCAAAUACGGCCGGCAGCCAGAGACUUAG